CAUUUUUGAACAAAGCCAGGUUGGAUGUGCUAGGAGCGAGCUGAGACCGGGUAGUAGUCCGCUUUGCGCUAUUCGCGCCACAGUCGUCAGUUCACGACGCUCUCCACUCCUGACUGGUUGGUCUCUGUCUCACCUUCCCUUCCCCUCUUUCUUUCCCUCUGCCCCUUGGGUUUUCGCCUGACGACGCUGCUCUCUCGGGCAUUUCGCCGGAAACUGACGCCGCGCGAGGGCACGAAGUAUCGUUACGUGUACACAUUGCUCUACCUUUUUCAUCGUUUAUAAGCAGACACGCAGGCAUCUUGUCCAUCAUACAUAUCCAUCAUGAGUAGCAAAGAAAACAACGAGGUCGCUGUGGAGAAGGUGACUGAGAACGACAAAGCUUCCGGAGACGCGAAAUGUGAGAUCAAAGGAAUGAAAAGGCCAGCCGAGGAAAAAAAUGAUGAAACAAAAAAACAGAAGAAAGAAGAAAAUGGCGACGGAGAAGUAGAAGAAGAAGAAAUAGAAGAGGAAGUUGAAGAGGAGGAAGAAGUUGAUGGCGAUGGUGAAGAAGAUGACGAAGAUGAUGAUAUACCGGAAGGUGAAGAAGAUUUAGAAGAAGGAGAGGAUGAAGAAGAAGAUGAUGCAGAAGGUGAAGUAGAAGGAGAAGUAGAAGAUGAAGAAGAAGACGCAUAAUGAAAACAGGGAAAAGAAUAUGUAAGUAAGAAAGGAGGUAGGCACACGGUACCAUCGUCGAUCUUCGGCAGUUUUCUCAGCAAACACUUACUCUCAUAUUGAGUGGUUGGUAGCAAUGUUGAUUACCUCGUGCCCAGACCCUAUUGCCUCCCGACCUACGAAUAAAAAUUACCACCUUACCGGAGUUGUGGUGGGCUGACACAAAUUAGAGGCAGCCGCAAUUCUACUGUCUUGGCUCUUCGCAAUUCUGGUCAUCUAGCCAUCACCAAAUGCUAUUAGAUAGUUUGAAUGAAAACUAUAUAUUCGUCGUGUGGGAUUUGAAUAUGUCGAUUUAAUAUCUAAGUCCUUCGUGCAUACUUGUACGUUUGGUAUAUUAAAUAUACUCUCAAGACGAAUUUAUUGUUUUAUCCAAACCAUCUAUUAACUGGUAUUUGCUGUCAUUUGGCUUUCUUCGCGGGACAGUUUUAUAACGAAAACUUAUUUAAGAUAAAAAGCUCUAUUGUAUUUAAAUAAUGUAAAAUGAACAUUUGUGGGUGAUGAUUUUUUUACAUUUGAAAUCAAAUUUACGUUUGUAGUUCAACGAAUGUCUCUCACCUUGUGCGCGUGAUUGAUUUCUUUUUCGACCUAUAUGUGUAUUUGCAACGAUUUUGUAGGAGCGCGAGCUGUUAAAAAAAAAUAAAUAAAAUGGAUCAAGUGGUGCGUAAAGAAAUAAAAAUAAUAAAUAAAUACUAUAAUAAAUAAAUACUGGACAUCUCUCGACAUUCUUUGUAUAUUAAAAAAAAAAAAUGAAAAAAAAAGAAAAGAUUUUAAUCUUUAAAAUCUCUGCUUCGUGCUCCUGUUUGAUCCGAGAACAAAAAUUAAGAUUAAUAUAACGCUCGCGCUAAGUAGUGUGGAUGAGUCAUGUGUGUUCUUAACAUUGCAUAAUAAUUAUACAUAGUAUGUAUAAAGUUAUGGAAUAAGAAACAUUUUAUUAUUAAUGAUAAUAUUAUGUAACGUAAUGUAUUGUGGAGAGGUUGUUACAAUUUAGGCUUCGAGUAUAUAGAGUAGGGAGAGAAUUUUUAUUUUAUAAAACAUAAAUGAUACAAAUAAUUUGUUUAUUUCUCCAAAAUGAAUAUUCCAUUCAUAUCCUUUUAUUAUAUAUCCUUUUUUGUAUUUACGUAAGAUUUCAAAACGAAAUUACGUAGUCGUUAAAGAUAUAAUGCAACAAUUAUCGACGAUUGAAAAAAUUAAUGAGAAAACUCUCCCUAUUCAAUUGCACUCAUUUGAACGUAAUUCAUUUGUAUUUUAUGUACUGUGGUUUUAUUUUGACUUUAUUGACAUGGACUACUCAAGCAAUGAUUCGUUGACUGUCGUAGAACGGGUAACAGUAAUCUUAUAUGACAGUAUCUUGCAUACAAUGAUCAGUGUCUUAUUAAAGACAUAUAUUCGAGUUUAUUAAUGGUAUCAUAUGUAAUUUUUGAUGAAUUACACAUUUCACUGAUUAUCAACAAUUGAAAUAUAUAUGCUCUUUAUGUUAGUGUCAGUGGAUCUUUGCAAAUGGAAUGGUCCAUGCCAUCACUUAUUUCGGGAGACUGGUAGACAAGAAACGGGUGAAGAGACAUUGCGGUUACGAUACCAUUGUACCAUAGCUGCAUAAUAAAUAAAGGUAACGAUAAUUUGAAUGCGAGACGAUGUCCCACGUUUUAAUGUACAAAUAUUUUCGAAUGAGAUAGUUAAAUAAAACGCAGUUAGAUCAGAGAAAAUGAUUCGUUCUCGUAAGUAGUAAUGGGUUUAACUUCCGAAAACAAAUUACAGUAAUAGCAGUAUUAAAAUAAAAAAGAAAACUGCUAUUUGUGGACUGAAUCCUGCUACAUUGAAUCCAAGGAGAUGGGAUGGACUGUAUACACACUUGUACGAUAAAUCCAAUUUAUUCAAUUGGUUAAAUGAAAGAAAUAACAAAAUUUAAGUAUACUCCGUAUAUAAUGAUACGUAAGUCAUACAGCAAUUUAUUAUAUUGUUUACAGACCAUACCACCUCCAGAACUCUGUUAUUCUACGAUUUUAUACACAAUCUGCUGCUGUAUUUACACGUGUUGACUUCAAGAUAGUACCUUGACGAUCAUGUUGACAAAGAACUAUCUUAAAGUACAGGUGCCUGAGCAAAAAUGAGUACUUUAGCGUUCAUAGUAUACAAUAAUACACUGUAAGCAUAGGUCCAUUUAAUUUUAUUAAUACAAUAACAAGCCCCGUUUGCAACAUGUUCAAAAAAUAUGAAAAUGGACUUACGUUGUGUACUUUGAGCUAGAGAUCACGGAACUCUUCUCUGCUCCAGUAUUUGACGUGAUUCUGAAAAUAAUUUACUGGUGCUAACGGGUCUUACAAUCAAUCAGGCUGAGCGCCCAGAUACCGUUACAUCCCUACAUUUGUUAGGUAAGCAUAAAAAGAAGAAUUUAAGAAUCUUAAUGAAUCUGGUAAUGAAACAUGUCAUACGAUUAAACGUAAACAAAAUCUUAGGCUAAGAAUUUGGUUUGUGUGUUCAUAAGUCUUGUUCAAACUACUUUUGUACAGGAUACCAUCGCAUCAUCACUUUCGACAUAACAGUAACCGAUACCACAGACUAUAUUUCUGCCCAUUCCAUCAGAAUUGAACUUUCAUUGUAUUUUUAAGUAAAUACAUUUUGGAAAACAA